AUAGUGGCGCAACACAGUUGGAGAAAUUUUGUAAAGUCGAAGAAGAACAGCAAAGGUCUAAAAUUUGACAUGUAUAGUGAGAAUGUUCCUUCCAAACUCAAAGGUGAUACCUUGAUUCCUGGGGAGCUUUAUUUCUUAACCAAGGACAAAACUGACUAUGCUUGGUACACCACUAGCAUAAAGAUUAAAGAAGAUGACUUGCCAGACAAGAAAGGUGUUAAGACGAUACUGAGAGUAGCGAGUCUUGGUCACGCGGCUAUCGUUUACGUUAAUGGAGAAUACGUAGGGAAUAAGCAUGGAAGCCACGAAAUGAAGAGCUUCGUUUUCAAAAAACCGGUUAAACUUAAACCUGGAGAUAACCACAUUUCUAUAUUGGGUGUACUAACCGGAUUCCCUGACAGUGGAUCAUACAUGGAGAAGAGGUUUGCCGGUCCACGUGGUGCUUCCAUCAUCGGUUUGAAGUCGGGAGAGCGUGAUUUAACUGAGAAUAAUCACUGGGGACAUCUGGCCGGUUUAGAAGGUGAAAAGAAAGAGGUGUACGCAGAAAAAGGAUCCAAGAAUGUCAAAUGGGUGAAAAAUGGUGAACGCAAGCCUCUUACGUGGUACAAGACUUACUUUGAGACACCAGAGGGAGAGAACACGGUUGCGAUUAGAAUGAAGGGAAUGGGAAAAGGAUUGAUUUGGGUGAAUGGGAUUGGGAUAGGGAGAUACUGGAUGUCUUUCCUUUCUCCUAUUGGACAGCCAACUCAAUCCGAGUAUCAUAUACCAAGAACUUUCAUGAAGAAAAAGGAGAAGAAUAUGCUUGUCAUUUUUGAAGAAGAACCAGGUGUGAAACUUGAAGCUAUUGAUUUCGUGUUAGUGAAUAGAGACACCAUAUGUAGUUUCGUGGAAGAGAAUUAUCCAGCUUCAGUGAAAUAUUGGAAGAGAGAAGGGCCUAAUAUAGUUCCAAGAAACAAAGAUAUGAGGUUGAAGUCACUCAUCAAGUGUCCUCCUGAGAAACAGAUUGUAUCCGUAGAAUUUGCAAGUUUUGGAGAUCCCACAGGAACUUGUGGAAAUUUCACAAUGGGAAAAUGCUCUGCAUCCAAGUCCAAAGAAGUGGUGGAAAAGAAAUGUUUGGGAAAGAGUCGUUGUUCAAUAGUAGUAGAAAGAGAGACAUUUGAAGACAAAAAGUGUCCAGAGAUAGUUAAGACGUUGGCAGUGCAAGUGAAGUGUGAGAAGAAACAAGGAAAUGAGCAGAAAAGUGAUGAUGAAGAGGAAGACGAUGAUGAAGAAGAAGAAGAAAAGGAAAGGGAGGGAAAGAAUCAAGAUUUAAAAGAUAGGGAAAAGCAAAAGCAAGAUCAUUAAUUAAACAAGAGUUGCUAUCUCUUUGAGUUUUGAUCUAAUCUAAAUAAAAUUUC